AAGUUUGAAGGUGGGUGUGCCACAGAUACAGUGGAGUUUUUACACUGUGAUUUGGCUUCAAUGAAGUCCAUACGGCAAUUUGUGCAACAGUUUAGAGCAAAGAAUUGUCCACUCCACGUCUUGGUGAAUAAUGCGGGGGUGAUGCUGGUCCCUGAAAGGAAAACAGAGGAUGGAUUUGAGGAGCACUUUGGCUUGAACUACUUGGGACAUUUCCUGUUGACUAACCUUCUCUUGGAAACAUUGAAGCAAUCAGGAACUCGCAGUCGCAAUGCUAGAAUCAUCACUGUUUCAUCAGCCACCCAUUAUGUAGGGAGAUUGCACCUUAAUGAUUUACAAAGCAGAUGUUCUUAUUCACCCCAUGGAGCCUAUGCCCAAAGCAAACUUGCCCUUGUAUUGUUUACCUAUCGACUACAACAUCUAGUGACAGCAGAUGGGAGCCAUGUGACUGCUAAUGUAGUAGACCCUGGAGUAGUGAACACCGAGCUCUAUAAAAAUGUCUGUUGGGCUACAAAAGUGGUGAAGUGGAUGACAGCCUGGCUAUUUUUCAAGACUCCAGAGGAAGGAGCCUCUACGUCCAUCUAUGCAGCUGUCUCACCAGAGCUGGAAGGAGUUGGUGGCAUCUAUCUUUACAAUGAGCAAAGGACAAAAUCUACUGAUGUAUCGUAUGAUGAAGAGCUGCAGCGAAGGCUCUGGACUGAAAGCUGCAAGAUGACUAGGAUUUCUGAUGUAGGUAACAGCGCUCUCUAAAAGUAGCCACUUCCAACUGGGUGAAUGAAAUGUGUCCAACAAGCAUCCUUACCUGACUCCUUGCAGCAUGAACCAUCAUCCUGGAAUGCACUGUUCAAUUCCAAAGGCAAAUGUGAACAGUGCUGCUUUUCACUUGAACCCAUAGUCUGCUAGGGAGUCAAGGGGAAAUAUUCCCACAGAAAUGUGUAUAGGGUGGUUUUAAAUUUAACCAUCAGUUUUGUAAUCAUGAUGUUUUGGUCUGUGAUUAAAAAAAAUCGUUAACCUUGUG